UGUCUCUUGUGUCACACGUCGGAAUUGCGUCGAGCUGAUACUUAGGAAGGAUAAAAAGCCUCGGCAAUCGAAGUCGACUUUGCACCCAAAUCACUUCACCUCCUCCGUUCUUCUCGGGCUGAUCAUGUUGGAGAUGUGACAUUAAAUGACUUCAAAUGCAACAACACCAUAUAAUAAUGCCACUCCAUUUUUUCUUCCUUCGCAUGCCCACAGUUCACAUCGAUUGUGUGCCAAUAACCCACCCACCCUUCUUCUUCUUCUUCAAACCACAUAUAGUAUAUACAAAUGAUCUCUCUCUGUGAUGCCGUGUUGAUCUCUUGCACCUCUUCUUUAAUCGAGUCACUGUGCCACUGGAUCCAACCUUGCCGAGCUCCCUCCUCAUUUCACCUCGAUGAAGAACAGCAGCAGCAGCCCAACUCAAAGCUCCAUGGAGAUCCAGAUCCAUUGCCCCGCCCCUGCAACGAAGCUGCCGCGCAAGGUCUGUGCACCCGAGGAAGUCACCCUCCUGCUCAGGAUCUUAGCUCUACUGUUUCUUCUCCUCGUCGUCAUGUCCAUCGCUACCACCUCCAUGGACGACGAGCGGUUGCGGUCCUGGAGGUUCAGACCGCGCGAGGACGACCACGACUCCAUGGCUUAUCAGCCACCGGCCGACCUGAUGCACAACAUGAGCGACGGUGAGCUGUUCCAGCGUGCAAUGGACGUCAGCCAGUUGAGCCGGCACCGUCUCGGAAUGGUUCCCAAGAUCGCCUUCAUGUUCUUGACCAAGGGAGCUUUGCCGCUGUCGCCGCUCUGGGAGAAGUAUUUUGCCGGUCACAGUGGACUCUACUCCAUCUACAUACAUCCCCGUCCGUCGUAUCACGCCGACAACGCGUCGAGUUCCGUGUUCUACAGGCGGCAGAUCCCGAGUAAGGUGGUGAACUGGGGGAGUCUGUCCCUGGUGGACGCUGAGAGACGACUCCUCGCGAACGCGUUGCUCGACCUCUCGAACGAGCGAUUCGUGCUGCUGUCGGAGUCCUGCAUCCCGCUCUUCAACUUCAGCUUCACCUACCAACACCUGAUGAGCUCCAGGUACAGCUUCGUGGACGCCUUCGACGAGCCCGGCCCGGCGGCAAGGGGGCGAUACCAGCCGAAGCUGGCGCCGGAGAUCAACGUGACGGAGUGGCGCAAGGGCGCGCAGUGGUUCGAAGCGAGCCGCCAGGUGGCUGUGAUCGUCGUCAACGAGACCCACUACUACGCCAAGUUCGACGAGCUCCGCGACGUGAUGUACCUCCAGGACGAGCACUACAUACCCACCAUCCUCACCAUUAAGGCGCCACAUCUCAUCGCCAAUCGAACGCUGACAUGGGCGUACUGGACCGGAGGACCGCAUCCGGAAACUUUCGGGAAGGAUGACGUGAGCGAUGGGUUCCUGAGGAAGAUAAACCAGGAGAAGAAUUGUUCCUACAAUGACCAGCCAUCGACAGUCUGCUACCUGUUCGCCAGGAAGUUUGCUCCCAGUGCACUGGAGCCUCUGCUGAAGCUGGCACCCACUUCUCUUGGGUUUGGGUAGAGCGAAGACAUGAUGAUGAUGAUGAUGCCCAAGUUACAGAGCAUUGGGAAAGAGGAUGAGAUUGAGAGAUCACAACAUCGAGGCAUGAACAGAUGAACAUGAUCAUCGACAAAUGUAACCACAAAACUCAGAAAUUUCUAAUAAUAAUAUUUAUACACUGUGCAUUACUCUUGACAAGGCCACGAAUCCAACUCCUCAUGAAGAACAUGCAUUCCAAGUCCUGUUCUGGUUCAAGAACUUUGCUCCUGGAAGACGGAAGGAGUCUUAAUGAAACAGGAACCUUGUUCGUCAUGGAGAAUUAAGGUCAAUACUACUCAUGGAAGAGCUACAGCACCAAAUGAACCGAAAUGGAAAACUGGCCACAGCUCAGAUUACAUCGCCACUGGCUUCUUCUUCUUCUUCUUCUUCUUCUUCUUCUUCUUCUUCUUCUUCUUCCUUCUUCUUCUUCUUCGCUUCUUUGCACAGCAGACAAAAACCUUGUCGAAGUUAAAGCAGACGCCUGUGGAUUUAACGGAGACAGUGCUCGAAGCCCAAACAAAGUUGACCGGCCGCCAACCGCGGCUCCUUGUCGACUGCUCUCCUCCGUUGCGUUCUAGGCUUCUGCGCUGCUCGUCUUGCA